AUGACCAUCAAUUUCAAAUUGAAACCCGAUCAGCUGUUGGAACUGCACGAUCCGAAAUCGCUGGCCGCUUUCGAAAACUUGUUUGAGAAGAAAGAACAGAACUUGUAUGAUUUUCUACAUACGGAUAAGCGGCGGGGACUUAGUCUUUCGGAUGAGCCGUUGGAAUCUUCGCCACGUGUUUUGACGUUCGGUGACAAUCGCAUACCGGAACGGAAGCCCAAGUCGUUUUUACGGUUGGCUUGGGAAGCUUUCCAAGAUCAGACGAUGAUCUUACUAAGCGUUGCAGCGGUCAUAUCGUUUGCCCUGGGUCUGUACGAGACUUUGGGACAACCACCAGAAUAUGACGCUGAGGGGAACAAAAUUACGAAAGUUGAAUGGGUCGAGGGUGUGGCGAUCAUGAUUGCAGUGCUUGUCGUGGUGUUGGUUGGGUCUGUUAAUGAUUAUCAGAAAGAAAUGCAGUUUUCCAAGCUUAAUGAGAAGAAAAAUGAUCGAGAAGUCAUCGUGGUACGUAACGGCGAAGAACAUUUAAUUUCAAUUUACGAUCUUUUAGUCGGAGACGUGCUUGUCUUGCAAACUGGAGACGUUGUACCGGCAGACGCAGUGUUGAUCUCAGGUUCUUGCGCUUGUGAUGAGUCUGGUAUCACUGGAGAGUCCGAUACUAUCAAAAAAACCCCAAUUGGAGUCGCGUUGCCAAAAUACACUGACAUGAGCAAGCACAAUGCAAGUUUCGACAUUGGACAUACCGAUGUUCCAGAUCCAAUGCUGAUCUCGGGUUCUAAAUUACUUUCUGGCCUUGGAAGGGCAGUCAUAACGGGUGUCGGGGUCAAUUCCAUGCAUGGAAGAACUCUAAUGUCAUUGAAAGUUGAACCCGAAAGUACUCCUCUCCAGGAAAGAUUAGACAAUUUGGCAAAUAAAAUUUCCAUUUAUGGUUCUAUUGCGGCCAUUAUUCUUUUCAUCAUUUUGUUCUGUAGGUUUUUGUCGUAUCUACCUGCUGGAAAGCCUCUGCACGACAACACACCAGCACAAAAGGGUUCUAAAUUUAUGCAAAUUUUCAUUACUGCAAUUACGGUUAUUGUCGUUGCCGUUCCAGAGGGGUUGCCUUUAGCGGUCACUUUAGCUUUAGCGUUUGCGACAACCAGGAUGACUAAAGACGGAAAUUUGGUGCGGGUUUUGAGAGCCUGUGAAACUAUGGGAUCAGCCACCGCGGUUUGCUCCGAUAAAACAGGUACGCUCACGGAAAAUAGAAUGACAGUGGUCAAAGGUGUCUUGGGUGGUAAAUAUUUCGAUGACACGCACGCUGACACAAAGGAACACUCUGAUUCUUGCGAAGUUUGCCAAAAACAAACUGCAAAGACUUUGAUAAAGCAUCUUCUCAUUAACAUAACGCUAAAUUCUACUGCGUUCGAGAAUAAACAGGGUCCUGAAGGUCAGAACAUUUCCGAAAACCCCUUUGAUAAGCCCAGACGGAAACCUUUCCCCUGGAGUCGAAACAACAAAGCAUCCACCAUUUCUGAGGACACAGGCUCUGCUUCCAAUCAAAAGGACCGGUUUCUUGGGUCGAAGACCGAAACUGCGUUGCUGGGCUUUGCUGAUCGAUCACUUGAUAUGACUUCGGUACAAGACUAUAGAGAUAAUCCGUCGUUAUUAGGAGUGGCCGAAAUUGUUCAAGUUAUUCCAUUCGAAAGCUCUCGGAAAUGGGGCGGUAUUGUUGCUAGGACGGAGGACGGCGCUUACAGAUGCUACCUCAAGGGAGCCGCUGAAAUGGUUGUCAAGAGGUGUGACCAGAAAACGAACUCGGAGGCUAUAUCUGAACUAAUGUCUGACAACGAAAGAGAAGAGAUCGCGGAGGUUAUCUCAAAUCUCGCUACCGGGGCCUUGAGAGCAAUAUCGCUAGCUCACAAGGAUUACGCCAAUUGUGCCCAUUGGCCCCCUCAAGAGCUCCAGGAUUCAUCAGAUCCAACCAUAGCUUCUCCAGAACUACUUUUUGGUGAUGAAAUAGAAGGAGAAAAGGAAACUAAAAAGGGUUUUAUACUGGAUGGUAUUGUGGGUAUUCAAGAUCCGCUACGGGAAGGUGUUAAGCAAUCAGUUGAACAGUGUCAAAGGGCUGGAGUUACUGUGAGAAUGGUGACCGGAGAUAACAUCUUGACUGCGACUGCAAUUGCCAAAAACUGCAGCAUAUUGUCAAGCGAAGAGGCGAAUAAUGCCGUCUCAGCAAUGGAGGGUCCAGCGUUUAGAAAACUGUCAAAAAAAAGGCGCAUGGAGAUCUUACCCAAUUUGAGAGUCUUGGCGAGAUCCUCUCCCGAAGACAAAAGGAUCUUGGUGCAGACAUUAAAAAAAAUGGGUGAGGUAGUAGCAGUGACGGGAGACGGUACGAACGAUGCCCCAGCUCUGAAAUUAGCUGAUGUUGGAUUUUCGAUGGGGAUUGCCGGGACGGAGGUUGCAAGAGAGGCUUCUGAUAUUAUUUUAAUGACUGAUGAUUUUUCUGCCAUAGUCAAUGCAAUUAAAUGGGGGCGAUGCGUGGCCGUUUCUAUCAAAAAGUUCAUUCAAUUCCAACUCACGGUCAAUAUUACUGCCGUUGUACUAACCUUUGUAUCUGCCGUAGCUUCCACGGACGAAUCAUCUGUUUUGACGGCGGUUCAACUUCUUUGGGUUAACUUGAUCAUGGACACGCUUGCAGCUCUUGCUUUGGCCACGGAUAAGCCAGAUCAAAAUAUAUUCGAACGAAAACCUAAAGGACGAGAGAGCGCACUUAUAUCCGUUUCUACAUGGAAGAUGAUUCUAGGCCAAGCCACUUUACAAUUGAUCGUCACGUUUACUUUACAUUUUAGUGGUAAAAAGAUUUUCUUCCCAGAUCAGUCCCAGAUAACACCACAUCAACAGGAGCAGCUUAACGCUUUGACUUUCAACACAUUUGUUUGGUUGCAAUUUUUCAAAUUGAUCGUCACCAGGAAACUUGAUGAAGCGGAUGGCAUUUCUGACAUUAAGAAAAGAAUUACGGCGAACAACUUAAAUUUUUUCCAAGACUUGUUCCGGAACUACUAUUUCAUUGCCAUUAUAUUGUUGAUUGGUGGUUUCCAAAUUCUAAUUAUGUUCGUCGGGGGCGCUGCAUUUUCCAUCGCAAGGCAAACCGGGGCAAUGUGGGGUACCGCUAUCAUAUGUGGUAUGCUUGCAUUACCAGUGGGUGUCUUGAUAAGAAUAAUACCAGACGAGUGGGUUCUGAAGAUUUUUCCCAGUCGUAUUGUAAGAAAAUUCUUUUAUUACGUUGGGUUUGAAUUUUCAGAGAAGAAGAAGAAGAAAAAGGCUGAAGAUGAGGAGUCUUUAUUACAUGGAGAUGUCGAGGUUCAUUUGAUGGGAUCUUCAGCUUUCGAAAGGGCUAAAAGUGAGAUGCUGAUACAUAAAGAAAACGAGCCAGGAAAAAACAGAUUCAAUCCCUUAUCUGCCUAUAAAAACUGGAGACACUCAGUGACAACUGUGGAUUCGGACUCUGAAGAAGAUCGCUCAUACAUUGCAUCUUUGACAAUGGUACCAACGCUAAUUGGGGGUGCAGUAGGUGGUUUUUCUCAGUUCACACCACCGAAUUAUGAGAAUCUUUCCCAUGACAAUAAAAGCAAAAGCAGCGUUACGGCUCUCACGUGA